CUCUCUCUUUCUCUCUGUCACUGUCUCCUUCCCACUCCCUCUCACUCAUAAGGAUCUCUCUGAGCGAGCAUGAAAAGACCUAACUGAGUGGACAUUCACGCCUGGACAACUGAUGACCUGCGGAGGACAACUCUGCAACUGAGAUUUUCUGCACAUUUUUACACAGAGACAGCUCUACUCAGCACCAUGACCAGGAAAGUGUUCACCAAUACAAGGGAGCGCUGGCGCCAGCACAAUGUCAACACUGCCUUUGCUGAGCUCCGUAAGCUCAUCCCCACCCAUCCUCCGGAGAAGAAGCUGAGCAAGAAUGAGAUCCUGCGUCUGGCCAUGCGCUACAUCAACUUCCUAGUGCAGCUUCUGGAGAGCCAGAGCGGUCAGCCAGCCAGCCACUCCCCCACCGCACUGCUCACCUUUCUCAGAGGAAACAUGGAACAGCUGCACUCUCCUCCACAUCCCUGGGCCCUGACCAGUGACACAGAAGUCCCGUCACCUGGAUCCAGCUGCGAUAGCUCUGAGGCCUGGUAGAACAGCCACAAAAUACAAAAAAAUUAAACUCUUGAAUGGACUUUCUGACCCCUUUCCUGGGUUUAAAAAACUGAUGUUGUCCUUCCUUAAGACUCAUUUUUUUUCUCUGCAUUUGUCACCCGUGUGUGACUUUAAAGCGUGGCUGAACGUGGGCACAGCCUCCAUGCUGAUCAGUGUUGAAAUAUGAUAAUAUAAUUUGUAUUUUGCAUGGAUGUGUAAGAACCUGGAUGUACAAUAUUCCCUUCAUGUCUUCACGUUAAUAUUCCUUGUACCCGGCCGGCUGGAACUAAUUUAGUUCUGCAAUGAGAGGGUGUUUUUGCCUAUGAGGAAAAUGGAGGGGAUUAAGGAAUUUCUCAUUUUCAAGUGAUAGAUUCAGCAAAGCAUUUGAAUAGAUAAUGGUUCAGGCAAUUCUCCAGACUGCAAUCGUCUCAAAACAGCCAAGGGCACUUUUCUUUCUCUUCUUUUUUUUUUCAAUCGACAUGCUGUUUUUUUGUUUGUUUUUCGAGAAGACUAAAUCUGACCUUUAUUUCAGUUUAUCAAGGUUGUGUGACUUUAGAAAAAUCAGUUAUUUUCACUGUUUUUAAACAACAGUGUUCAGUAUUUGUUGAUUAUGAAUUUACGGUACUGAGGAUUAGGCUGAGGAAUUUAAACAAAACUGACAAUCCUCUUUCAGUAAUUACAUGCUUCGGCACACAACUAUCUUCUCUUUUAAAUGUAUUUUCAUUUGAGUUUUUGUAAAAUACGCAUGUCAUAUUGCCAAAGAUUAUGAAUUGAUUGUUUACUGUGAAGAGUGUACUAAUUAUCUUCU